AAAAUAAAUAAAUAAACUCUAGUCUCUUCGGGAGCACCACCAGCGCUUCACUCUCUCUCUCGAUUCUUUUACUCUACAUACACAUACACAUACACAUACACGUAAAACCUAGGUAGGCGAGGCGUGAAUUGAUCUGGAUCGAUUUCCUCGGGGAUGGGCGAUUCGAAGUCGAACUCGAACUCAGAUAGAGCAGUCGGCGAAGAAGUUUCGAGACUGAUCGAUUCGGCCAAGGAGUUACAGGACUCAGCUUCUUCGUUGAUUUCAAGAACGACUCGCGAAGACGAAGCCCUGCGACAGCGAGCCCUCGCUCUUGAUUCCGCUAUUCGCACCCUCCGUUGUUCUAUUUCCUCCUUAGUCCGUAAUGGCAAUUUGGAUCCCAAAGAGGCCGACAAAUUGGAAGAAGAAUUAUACAGAUCUAGCUACAUAUUGAGUGAAGGAGAUGCGGCCGCUUUUAUUCCCAGGAAAUCUCAUGGACGGUUCUUGAGUAUGUUUCUCGGUCCAAUUAAUGUCCGUGCCACUAGGAAGGAUGUUCAAUUGAAAGUGAAAGAGGAGUACAAUAGCUUCAGGGAUAGAACUGCAUUUCUGUUUCUUUUUUUCCCAUCACUGCUACUUGUGUUAAGGACAUGGAUAUGGGGCGGGUGCUUACCUGCAUUGCCAGUUCAGCUUUACCAGGCCUGGUUAUUAUAUCUCUACACAGGUUUGGCUUUGCGAGAGAACAUUCUUAGAGUGAAUGGAAGUGAUAUUCGCCCAUGGUGGAUAUACCAUCACUACUUUGCUAUGGCUAUGGCACUUAUCAGUCUCACUUGGGAGAUAGAAAGGGAACCUGAUUGUGCCCAGAAGCAGAGAGGGGUACAACUGUUCCUGAAAUGGGCCAUAAUGCAAGGUGUUGCAAUGCUUCUACAAAAUAGAUAUCAACGGCAAAGACUCUACACACGUAUUGCACUGGGCAAGGCUAGGAGAAUGGAUGUUGUUUGGGGAGAAACUGCUGGAGUCGAAGGUCAACUGUGGCUGUUGGCACCCAUUCUAUUCAUAUUGCAGGGUUUUGAAGCAUAUGUCGGAAUGUUGCUACUUAAAACUGCACUGGUUGGUGUUGUUUCGGAGUGGCAGGUGACCACUUGUGGGAUCCUUCUGAUUAUCAUGGCAGCUGGGAAUUUUGCAAACACAGUAGAAACACUUUUGGCAAAAUCUCGGUUUAAAGCAAAAAUGAAGAAAAGUAAAAGUAAGCCAGAACUAAAUCCACAAUCCCAUUCUUAAGAAUUUGUGAAUGGAGAUUCUUUUGCACACUGAGUUGAGGAUAUGGGAUCAGGAAUUAGGAAAAUUUUCUUUCUCAACCCAUUCUUACUUGUAACAACUUUUUCACCUUUAUACUUGUAGACCAUCAAUGCUGUUUGUGAGCGCGACCUUUGAUUGCAUACAAUUGAGCUGUAGGUUGGUUGUUAAAGUUUGAACUAAAAGGUCAAUCAUACAUGCUGUGACAGUUAUGCUUGAUGUUUUCACACAUAGCUUCGAUUUUUAUUUUUUAUUUUUGUCAUUUAGGUGAUGUGUAAUUUGUCUUGGAUGUUGAGGUGUGUCAUACUAACAUUUUGGCACAUAACAUUAUCAUUUUCUAUUUUAGUGUACAAAUGUUCAAACAGAUUAUGCCAUUA